AUGUCCCAAGAAUAAGAAUUACUCACCAAGAUGAAAUCCUUGGAGGAAGACAUCCAGAAUCGACAUCGACAAAUCGUGUCUCUGACUGACAAGGUGGAAGAAUUGCAGAGAUCCAUCCAGAAUAACUCCGAAGUAUGGAUAACUUCACAUUUCAAUAGGUGGUUGAACUCAAUGAAAAGGUUCGGAUGCUUGAGUCUUAGAACAUCAAAUUGAUUGAGAAGAAUCAAAACGACGUGGUGGAGUGGCGAUCAAAGGAACGUGAUUUCAAUGUAUCAUACAUAUAGUUACACUAGAACCAAAUUCAAUCAUUACAACGGAAGUUAGGUGAAGUGGAGUCUGAACUCAAUGAGACUAAAGAAUUGAACAAACAAUUAAUCACCAAAUCAAGUGAGUCCUCUGAUCAACAAUCACAGUUACAGCAAAUCACCUCGCAUUAUGAACAUCUCCUCUCCGAAAAGGAUUCCCAUAUCAAAGAACGAGAUCUCAAAAUAGCAGAAUAAGAUCUCAUCAUAAACAAUCUACAAAAGGAGUUGUCUCUUGCCUCCGAAAGGGAACAGACUUCUCGAACUAUUCAAGAACAAUUAAAUGAACAAUUGAAAAUAUUGGAAAAGAGACACACCGAAUUCACCUAAUAAAGUGAAAAAUUAGCCAUCCUAACCAAUGAACUCAAUACAUUCAAAUAAUUGAACGAAGAAUUACAAAACGAGAACACCUCCCUUAAGUCUUAACUAUCAGAAUUGGCUUCUAAGAACUCAGAACUCCAACGCAGAGUCAAAGAAUUAGAAGAUCAAACCAACAGUUAGUAGACUCAAAUCCAGAAUCUCCAAGUGGCUCUCAAAGAUUCAUAAAAGGAGUACAAAGAAGAAAUGACUAAAAUUAUGCAAAUUUUGGAGAAAAUGAAAGAGAAAGUAUUGAUGUUCAUCAUAUUCUAAGCAUGCUCAUGAAUAGGAAUAAUACAAGUAGAGAAUGCUUGAAAGAGAUGACAUUUUGAAGGAAGCCAAAAAGCAAUUUGAAUAAACUACUAAACAAUUCGAAAAGUAUAUCUUAAUAAUUAUAUACUCUAGAGAAAAUAAUAUUCUAAUUACUUAAAUAUAGACAGCUGCAAAGACACAAUCAGAUUUGCAGAAAAAGAUUUCAGAUCUGGAAUUCAAACUAAGAGAACUUGAAUCUAAACUCCAAGAAAGUAAUAGACAAUAUAUAAAAUAACUUGAACAUUCCAAAGCACUUGAUAUUGAAGUAUAUAUUUGUAAAUACGAUUAGCUCAAAAAAGCAAUAUCAAACUAAUAGAAAUUGCAAGAAUAAAUGAUUAUCAAAGACGAAGAAAUGCAAAAAACUAAGCAGUUCUAAUUGAAAUUACUGCAAGAAAAUCAGGAUUUAAAAACUAAAUUAGAUCAUUAUCUACAAGUCAAUACAAAAAGUAAGUCGAAUGAAUUACAGAAUCUGAAGAAUUAAUUACAAGAAAAGGAUCAAGAACUGGAAUUACUUAGAUAACAACAAAAAUCAUUGGCUACUCAAUUAAAAACUAGUCAAGGAUAUGUGACAAGAUUCAAAGCCAGAGUUAAAUAAUUGGAAAUGGACAACACAGAGCUAUUAAAAUCCAAGAAUAACCUAGAGACACUCUUCCAAGAGAUCUUAGAAUAAACCAAAUAGAAAUAAAAUAUCAAAAAUCUAUCAGCAAUAUCAAAUAAUCCUACCAAAUAUUAGAUGAGUCUCUUAUCAUAAAGGAAGAAUUACAUGCAAGAAAAUACAUCAACUCAUUCAUAAGAAAAUAGAUCGUCAAGUUAAAAGUCAAACAAUACUACUCCAAACAAAGUUGCCAAUUCAGGUGAGGUCUCCUUUAAGAGACCAAUUUAAGUUAGUGGACAUAAAAAAUCUACUCAUUCAGGUUCUCAGGAAAACAUUUCCAUCAAAUAAUAGAAUGAACUCAAUGAAAUUAAAGAACUAGAUGAAAGCUAAUAACAAUAAACGAAGGCACAACCUCAAGAUAAUUCAUCCCAAGAAAUCAAGUAGGCUGACAGCAAAGAGGACACUCAGAAGUUAAAUGAAACCAAGCAACAUCAUGAAUAAUAGAUAAUAAAUGAGUAAGAAAAUAAUAAUGAGGAAGUUGAGGAUUUCUUGGAAGAUCAAAAUGAUCUUGAUUGA